UGAAAUUUUUUUGUUCUUUUUUUAAGUAUUAAACGCACACCUUCCUGCAAUUAUGUGGGAGCGCUAAUUAACCAAGCCGAUUACGAGCUUAACGCGAUCACCGAUUCGGAAAAAGGAAUUAACGGGUUUUUUUUGACACCCGGAUCCAACUCCGACCCAAACAGUCCGAAAACCCGCAAAGAGAUUUUGGGUCUCUGAGAUGAGAUCUCCAGGAUAAGGCGAGCGAAAAUAAAGGGCAAAAAAAAAAAAAAAAACAAAAAACAAAAAGCAAAAAACGAAAGGGGGAUAGCGCGCGAAGCUCCUCCUCCACCCCUUGUUGGCCCAUUGCUUUACUAGUUACUGUACCCAUGUCGUCGUCCCAAGCAACCCCGCCUCUGCUCCUCCUCCCUUCCCCCGCGGCGGCGCCGCCCAGCUCCCGCUCCCGCGCCCGCCGGAUCACGUGCAAGGCGGGGGAGGGGAAGGGCGGCGGCGCCGGCGCGGCGGUGGAGGCGGCGGCGGCGGCGGGGGGCCUGGCGGCGUGCCCGGUGAUCGGGGCGUCGCUGUACGCGCUGCGGACGACGGGGUGCGGGCUGCCGCCGGGGCCGGGGGGCGCGAUCGGGGCGGCGGAGGGGGUGAGCUACCUGGUCGUGGCGGCGAUCGUGGGCUGGUCCGCCGUCACCAAGGCCCGCACCGGCUCCGGCCUCCCCGCCGGCCCCUUCGGCCUCCUCGGCGCCGCCGAAGGCCUCUCCUACCUCACCGCCCUCGCCGUCGCCCUCGUCUUCGCCCUCCAACUCCUCGACCGCGGCUCCAUCCCGGGACCCCUCCCCUCCGCCCAGUGCUUCGGUUGAUCUCUCAAUUUUCCUUUUCUUUUCCUUUUCCUUUUCUCUCUGUAUGAAAAGUAAUUGUAUUGCUCAAAUUCGUAACACAUCAGCGCACGAUCAGUCAGUGUAUGUCAUUAUUAAUAUAAUAUAAUUACGAAUAUGCCUAGUAAA